ACCUUGUAGGGAGGGGUCCCUAUUCAUGUCUGUCGACACUACACUGUAGGCAGUACAAAGUACUGACAGAUGUCAUGCUCUCCUUGUCACAGUUGUAGCCAACGGUGAGGACUUAAUGAAAGCAGUAAACGCAUCACAUAGCCGUUUGCAAGUUAACAAAGUUAAGGGAUGGGCGUCAGGGCUUAAGUUACUUUGUGAUAUGCAUACGGGUACUUCUCAUACCAUAGAGGCUUGUUUCUGCCUUUUGUAAAGGUCAUAAAUAUUGUUUACAGUCUCCGUGUCUUUGGGCUGAGGAAGACGCCCUGUUGAAGAUUUUAGUAGCUUGGGAGGAGUACUUUCUUGCUCUGUGAAGUUUACUGUGAACGUUAUUCAUUGUUUCCCGGACUGUCUCAUUUUCACAAAACAGAAGUCUCCAGGAUGAUUUCAAAGCGCCAGUUCUACCUGGCUGUUGGUGGUUUGUUGCUGUUGGCACUCGUUGCUGCCAUGGUGAUCUUUAAGCAGCCCCUGCGAGACACCAUCUACGUGGAGUGGCUGCACUCACGUGACAUGAUGUCACAAGUACGUCACCAGCGCAACUCCCUCUCCCGUACCCUCAACGUCCUGAAGCAGAGUCUGGGACAGCAAGAGUGCACCGUGGCCAAACUCCAGAACAGCAAAAAGGUGUCAAGCAGUGGCGGUUUCUGUAAAGAAGAGAGCGAGAAAAAAGGAAAGCACAUGACAGACCACAAGUUAGCUGCUGCCCUGGGAAAGUUCCUGACGGGUCAGCGGGUCGGCGGCUUCGGUGAUGGACCUGGCCUCUACCUCAAAUACUUCCUUGAACAGGGGCUGGUCGCCUCCUACGACGCCUACGACGGGGCCCCCUUCUCCGAAAACGUCACAUCCGGGGCAGUCAAGUUCAUGGACCUGACCAUCCCACAAUAUGGAUUUCCGGUGUACGACUGGGUGAUAUGUCUGGAGGUGGCGGAGCACGUGCCUGCACGAUACGAGGUCGUGUUGGUCGACAACAUCGCGCGCCACGCGCGGAAGGGCAUCGUCCUGAGCUGGGGUCAUCCGGGUCAAGGCGGGUUUCAUCACGUGAACAACAAGAGCCCUGAAGACGUCAAGCGCCUGCUGGACGAAGCUGGCUUCCGUCCAGAUGAGAACGCCGGGUUGUCUCUCAGGAACAGCUCGACCUUUGGAUGGUUUAAACAAAACAUUUUUGUGUUCAGGAGAAAACAAGAGAAGACGCUGGUUGAAGAGGAUGCAUAAAAAAAACCCGGAAAUGUACAAUUCAGUUUAAGAAUAACAUCAGAUAUACAAUGACUUAAUUUUUGUUUACAAUUUGUUAAAAUUUUUCUAUAGCAUUGAAACGAAUGUAUAACUUAGAAAUGAAUUUUAUCCAUUAACAUAUUCAAGUAGGAAUUUUUGUGGUGUAAGGGUUUUACGACUGAUUAGGGAUGAGUGAAGAAAGGUAAAUGAUAGACACCAGCAUGGAUUACAAUAUAUUUAUCCCUCUGUGGUAAAUAGAAAAAAGAAAAGGCGUGUAGAUUGGUGGUGUGGGUUGUUCCUACUCUCUACGACAGGAGCUGGUGCGAGGAAGGUAGGAGAUGGGAACCACAGACACUUGAACUGCCGUCAGAAGGAUACGACAGGCUCCCACACCCGUUACUACCCUUCCUGUCCACGAACACAAUCCUUGCAAUCCCCAAUAUUCCCCAGGGGCUGAAUAGUCAUGGAAAGUGAUCUUGUCCGGCUACACCCCGCGCCUUUAGCGACUUUGUUCGUCUGCUUGUGGACCCAGACCUACCUGAAACUGAGAUGUGGGAAGGGUGUGGAUCAGAGACCGAUGGCUGCAAAAAUAAAGUUACUCUUCAGUGUUGAUCUUCAUCCUGUCAACAUCAAACAAACCGGUUCUGCACACUAAUAAAUGGCAACACAUCCUGUUGCAUAGAAUUCUUUCUAUUUCUUCUCUCCACUUUGUGGCACAGAGCCCAACGCCCUUCCAGCAAUUUCUUUUAUUGAGAGGAUCAUCGGUUUGCCAUGUGCUGUUUGGUUUUAGUAUUAUUCUUUGUCAUUUCUUCGUUUUUGAUGGUUAUUUUUUGCAAAACAAUGUAAGCAAAUAGUUAAAAAUAGUUUUAAAAAAUCGAGAGGCUCAAAUCUGAAGCACCUAAAGCAGAAAGGUUGUCAUCUGUUAAUUUAUAAAAUUUGACUCACAAUUCUUCGCUGAUGUCUUUGUAGAACGAGUAAAAAUAAAUAAAAAUAAUUUAACUUGCUGUUUAUUUGGUAAAUAUUAGUCUUGCCUCGCAGAUAAUAGUUUAGAGUUUUUACAAGUCACACAAUCGAAAAAAAUUCUGUGUUGCUCUCAAUCUAUUACCUUAUUUUAUUUCUGCAGUGACAAUCAAAGCUUAAAUUACAAUGUACAAAUAAAUUUUCUGUUAAAAAAUUCUGAUGUAGGUUUCGAGUAUUAUGUAAGCAAUAUGUUUAUUUUUGUGCUAUAACUAGCGUUUAAACAAAAUAUUACAGGAAGAGACAUUUUUUUCUGAGCUAAAAUAGUACCUGCGAUAUUUACAGUUUCAAAGAAAUAUUGCUGAAAAUAGUCGUUAUUGUUUUUUGUACUGAUGAAAGCCUAUAAUAUAAACCCAAGCUGUUGAUGAAAUGGUUGCAGCCUCAUUGCCAUGUUUCCUCACAGAAUUACUGUACCUCCCUUGAUUUUGAAGUCCAGGAUAAUAGUUGACUGGAGAUGUUCUGAGCAGCGUUGUGUCAAUCAAGACUGCGCCUAAGUCUUUGCAAACAGACGGUAGCAGGCACGGAGAUGAAAGGAACAAAAGUGAGUGUGUCUCAAAAAGAACAGUCGUUCCUAUGUCUAAAAAGUGGGUAGGUACACAACCACGUGCGCAAUCUCUCUAGGAAGAGAAAGCAAAGAGCUGUAUAACACCACUGACGAGCUAACUAAACAAAUACUAGUUGGGUAAGCUGGGAGAAUUUGCUCCAUGUAUCUCUUCAAACACCGAGAUGAAUAGAAAAAGAAAGAAAGAGACAGGAAAGAUAGAGAGCUGAAAUAUUUGACAUGUUUUUAGAAAUCAGCCACCUUUACACCAUCUACAUUGGGAACCUGAGAAGGCAAACGCAGUCUGUAAAUCCCUAGAACUGUUGUCACUGUCAUGAACCUGGGGAAAUGGAAAGGCAAGAUGGACAGAGGUGCUGUGGGAGAGAGUCGAGUCCUCAUACAGCUGCUGGAUGAUGACAAUGAACUUUAGUGGAAAUCCAUAGUGUGGCAUCAACUUCCAGAUGGUUUCCCUGUCUACGGAGUCAAAAGCCUUCUCAAAAUCCACGAUGGACUGUUCGAUGAUAAUUCGCAAUGUAUUGUGCAUGAUUUUAACCUGCCGAAAGCCUUCUGUUCUUGCCUGAGUCUGAUGAUAGAUAACUGUAUUUCAGGUGUUACCACAGGUGACAAUUCUUCGUGAUAUUUGACUGAAGGCAGGGUGGAUUGUGACACGGGGAACCAGGUCAAGUGACUUGGUAGCCCAGUGGAAGCCUCUCGUAUCCUCACUAUUCCUGAUCAUGUGUUGGCAUGUGAAUUCUCUUUCUUGUGGUCUGGCGGCAGGUACCCGAUGUCUGUGUCUACAGAACGAAUCUUCGCCGCAGCUCAUUCAUUCCAUGUGACAUUCACUUGAUAAAUUCUACUCACCUUUAUUUUGUUAUCCUGAGGUGACCAAAUGUCACCAACAGUUUCUACUGUAUGUGUAUGUAGAUCAAGCUUACUUAUCCACUUAACAAAAUAGUGGAAGACUAGCACUCUUGAUGUCCCUUUCCUGACUUGACAGGUUGACCGUUUCUUUCCCUUUCCUGUUUCUUUUCCCGUGUAUUCCCCUCUCUCAAAUUAUAAAGUUGUUCAAACUUACU